AUGGCUUCUCCCAAUCCGACAGAAGAAAAUUGGAAUCCAUCCAGCCUUCUUAUAUAUAACGCACUUCCAAGUCACCAGGACAAAGACCCGACAAUAUCUGAUGCGAAGCCCACUGCUGAUACUAGAACUGACUUCUACGAUCGCAGUCUGACGAGUCGUAGAUAUGCCCUUGUCGGAAUGGCAUGUUCAAGUAUCUUCAGCUGCUUAUGCAUCAUUGCAGGGAUUGUCACUUUAGCCAGUCACGGAAUCAAAGGAGUAGCCCCGCUCAACAUGUAUAAUGCAUCGAUACUGCAGGUGGAAAUAUUGACCCUGAUACUUGACUUAAUCGUCACGUUAUGUACCGAGUCCACAGGCUUCGUACACGGCAUCUCAUUGCGCUCUGCACUAGCCUCAGAGUCUCGGCUUCGUUUCAACACCAACUUGCGCCUUCUGAGUGCAGCUCGUGGAUGGCAUAACCCUAAUGGCACCCUGCUUAACGGUAUCUCGGCUGUCCUCCUCAUUAUAUCCUACAGCUCGGCCUCAGUCGUCAUAUGUCUGGACGAACCUAACUCAUUGUUCCCAAUAAUUCCUCAGGGUCCUAUUGCCAUCGCAGGAAUACCUCUCCUCAUAUUAGGCAUCGCACUCCUCCUCCAGGUGAUUAUCGCAUUGUCAGGGAUGCAGGCUAUCAAAAUCCUGAUAUGGAGCUCCUCACCUUUCGACUUGACCGCCGCACUCAUCUACCACACACAAUUGACCCCUGCGACUUUCCGGUGCAUGCGUCGUGUGUCUGACCUAGACUCCAUCCAGAAAGUUGUCAUUUUUCUGUGGGUUAUUGUUGCAGCAUGCGCUGGAUGGGCCGCACUAGUCAUGUAUAUCUGGACCCGAUUUUAUUCCAGUAAACCCCUCAACAAUCCUCUGACCCUACAAGGGUGGUCGCUCUUCCGAAAUUUGGAUGGCAAUUACAUCAUGUAUGGUCUACCGAGUGGCAGUCUUGAGGGGUGGAUUGUGCUCUUUGUCAACAUUGCGGUUGUCCAGGGACCACUGACGCUUGGGCUGCAUUGCUCGGAGCUCAUCGCAAAUGUCAUUCGAGAUGAAAGACAGUGGAGAUGCGCCACCAGAAGCCAAGGACUUAGAGUGGCGACGAACCCACUGAAGCCCAUUUUCACUCAUCCACUUUGUCUCUUACUUUUUAUCGCGAAGCCUUUCCUGCACUGGAUGUUUGGGCUUUCAUUCGACAUAGCCACAGACGCCACUGACGACAUCCUAGACAGAUUUUGGAUUACCAUGUACACUGCCCAGAUCUGGAACUUAUGCAUUGCGCUCUUUAUACUUGCCUGUUUCUCCACUUUCAUCUCACUGCGCCGACCGCACGGUCCCCAGCCAGCUGCAUAUGGCCACCUGCAGACGCUCGCCAACCUCGUGGAUGAGUGGUCGCCUGUGAUGUGGUGGGGACACAAGGAUGAUGGAAUUCCGUACUGUCAUGCUGGGACAAGCGAUCACCCGCUGCCGGAUGUGAAGAUGGACUGCGUUUAUGCUGGUUCCGGUGCUGGGUCUCUGGUACCCCUCUCGUGA